AUGGAGGGCCAGGGCGAAGACACGGCCACGGUGGUGCAGCCUGUGGUCCACAUCGCCGGCAAGAAGAACCACCACGAGGUCGGGGCCACGGUGGUGCAUCCUAUGGUCUUCAUCGUCUACCACUCCGCCGUCUUCGGCAACCCCCACCACUUCUGCGUCCACAUGUCCUUCAAGGGCCGCACCGUCCUGUUCGACUGCGGCAUCCACCCGGCCUACUCCGGCAUGGCGGCGCUGCCCUACUUCGACGAGAUCGACCCCUCCGCCAUCGACGUCCUCCUAGUCACCCACUUCCACUUGGACCACGCCGCCUCGCUGCCCUACUUCCUCGAGAAGACGACGUUCAAGGGCCGCGUGUUCAUGACCCAUGCCACCAAGGCCAUCUACAGGCUGCUGCUCUCGGAUUACGCCAAGGUCAGCAAGGUGUCGGUGGAGGACAUGCUGUUUGACGAGCAGGACAUUAACUCCACCUUGGCAAAUAUUCUCCACCACCUUGAAUUCGUCCGUGCGUCAAACCUCCAU